GAGCGAGUACGAAGUAAGUGGAAUUUGGCGAAAGCGAUUUCUCUCUCUCUCUUUCCCUCUCUCUCUCUCUCUACUUCGUGAGAUCUCCGAUUCCACCCUACGAUACACCUCGCAUGAUCGAUCCCAGGGCUCUCCAAUGGACCCGAUCGCCGUGCGAAUCCGUGCUUCGCAUCGAGCUUUCACCCUCAGAUCCGUAAAUUUCGAUCCUUGAUGCUCUAGAUCCGUCAUUGUUCAAAAAAUUAGGGUUUGUGUGGAUUUCUCUGCUGCGAUCCAAGAUCCACACGAUUCAGUGUGUUUGUGCUUUGAUUGGUGUGGAAUUAGGGUUUCAUUGUGCUGAUCUUCUUCAAGAGGUAAGCUUAGAGCAUCUUGUCCUUUGAAUCUUUGCCGUGGUGGUGUAGUGGCGUAGAUUUUAGGGUUUCUCUUUGUUUUGCUCUCUCAUGGUGGAGAUCUAGGUGCAUUGUGAUGUUGUGUUGAAUCCCAGCUAAGUUAAGCUUUAAUCUUUGAAUAGGGUUCCUAUUUAUGUUAUCUGUUUCUUUUCUCCCUUGGAUGUGAAUCAAUCUAACGUCAGAAGCAUUGUUCUUGGCACCUAAAUCCGAAAUGCUAAAGUUUUCUGGGUUCAAGUUGUUUCUUUGAGGGUUUUUAUUCCAAAUCUGGCACCAUGUUGAAGCAAUUCUUCAACAAGCUGCCACGUAAGUCUUCGUCUGCGUCGUCCUCGAAAUCUGGCACCCUGUCGGGUUCCGGCCAAAGCAAUCCCGGCAAUGGGGCCGCCGCUUCUGGGAUCCCAAUCCAGCGCACGAGCAGCAGCACUGCAGCUCCAACACGAUCCGCUACCGUGAAGCGGAUGUCCUCUGCUGUUUUCCCGUCCAGUGUCGUCGCAGGAAUUGAACCACUUGUCUCAUUCAAAGAUGUCCCCAAUGGAGAGAAGCCGAACCUUUUUGUCAGCAAGUUGAACCUCUGCUGCAUCGUUUUCGAUUUCUCCGACCCAAACAAGAAUUCGGCUGAGAAGGACAUCAAAAGGCAGACCCUUUUAGAGCUUAUCGAGUAUGUAAACUCUGCUAAUGCUCGUUUUACUGAGCAGAUGAUUGCUUCAAGUUGCAAGAUGUUUGCCGUUAAUCUGUUUCGAGUCUUUCCCCCCAAUUAUCGAUCUAACUCAUCCGGAGGUGGCGGAGGUGGCGGGGAGGCUGAGGAGGAGGAGCCAAUGUUUGAUCCUGCUUGGCCUCACUUGCAACUUGUUUAUGACUUACUUCUAAAGUUUAUCGGAUCCUCUGCCCUCGAUGCGAAGGUAGGAAAGAAGUACUUUGACCACUCAUUCAUCUUGAGAUUGCUUGACCUCUUUGAUUCUGAGGAUCCAAGGGAGAGGGAUUGCUUGAAAACAAUCUUGCAUAGGAUCUAUGGGAAAUUCAUGGUCCACCGCCCUUUCGUCCGAAAAUCUGUCAGUAAUAUUUUCUACCGGUUUGUGUUUGAGACGGAUCGCCACAAUGGGAUUGCAGAGUUGCUAGAGGUUUUGGGGAGCGUGAUUAGUGGGUUUGCGUUGCCUCUUAAGGAGGAGCAUAAGAUUUUCCUGUCGAGGGCGCUAAUUCCGUUGCACAAGCCAAGAACAGUUGGUUCGUAUUUGCAACAGUUGACUUACUGCGUGAUGCAGUUUUUAGAGAAAGAGCCGAAGCUUGCCAGUUCAGUAAUUGCAGGGUUAUUGAAAUAUUGGCCAGUGACGAAUAGCCAGAAGGAAGUAAUGUUUUUGAGUGAGUUGGAGGAGGUCUUGGAAGCUACUAAUGUGGUUGAAUUCCAGAAAUGCAUGGUCCCGUUGUUCCGUCGCUUAUCUUACUGUAUUAACAGUUCCCACUUCCAGGUUGCCGAACGGGCCCUCUUCUUGUGGAACAACGAUCACAUCAUGAGCUUGGUCGCCCAAAACCGGCAAAUGAUAAUGCCCAUCAUCCUCCCAGGCCUAGAAAGGAACACCCGACACCACUGGAACCAUUCCAUCCUGAACCUAACCCUAAACGUGAGAAAGAUGCUUUCCGAGAUGGACGAGGGGCUCUUCACCGCUUGCCAGAAGAAGCUUGAGGAGGAGGAAGAGCAGCGGGCGGCGUUGGAGGAGAAGCGGAGGUUGGAUUGGGAGCUUCUGGAGGCAGCCGCCGCCUCCCAGCCGGUGACAGGCAAGACGGCCGUCCUGGUAAGGCCUCCGACCGCCACCACCACCACCACCGCUGCCACUACUGCGACCACAAUAACUUCUACCCUUGCUUGAGCUGUUUGAUGGUAUAAGCGCGCGCAGUAGGGUUAGGGGGUGGUUUACUUUUCGUUAUGGUCGGGAGUGUGCCGAAUCGCUUCCUUUCCUUUUACCGGUGUCUCUCUAUUUCUGUUGUACUAGUGUGGGUUCAUCCUCUGGAAAAUCAAGUCAUGGUGUAUGUAGGAGUAUAGACUCUCAAUUCUCUAUAUUAAUCCCUGUUUUGUUAGUGAGCAUAUUUUUGUUUU